AUGUCCGUAUCGCGUAUCCGAUACGUAUCGGACACGGAUACGUAUCCGAUACGCCACCGAUACGUAUCCGCGGAGUAUCCGAAUUUUAAUUAUUUUAAAAAAAACGGAUACGCUGGGCCGAUACGUAUCUGUUCCAGGAUUCGCGUAUCUGCUUUGGUGGAUACGGCCCAGCCCAACAAGAGCCCAGUCAAACACUUAUCCACUGCUUUGCCCUACCCUGACGGACGACUCCAUCCGCAAGCGCCCCCGGCCCCCAUCCGCGACGCGCCGCCUCCUCUGCUCGCGAGUCGCGACUCGCACGCGCUCCCUCCGCGACGCCGCCGUCCGCUCGCCGGCGACGAGCAGCCGCCUGAGCAGGCAAGCAUCCGUCCCAUCCGCCGGCUUCCCUGCUCCCAUCCGACGAGCAUCCUCUCAGGGACGGCGCGACCCUCCCUGGCUUCCGUGCUCUCCGUCCGCCGGCAGGCAAAGCACCCGUCCGCUCGUCUCCAGCCUGCUCGCCACUCGCCAGUCGCCCCUGUCCGCCCGAGCAGGCGAGCACCCGUCCGAGCAGGCGAGCACUGUCCGCCCGUCCGCCCCUGCUCGCCACUCGCCAGUCGCCAUCGCCAACGCCAAGUCUCCAGCCUGAGCCUGCCGGAUCGGGGUCGACCUCCAGUGAGAAAUUGACGUAUCCGCGUAUCCGUAUCCUUCCGAUACCGAUACGCGUAUCCGUAUCCGUGUAACAUAGUACA